AUGGGAUAUUGGUUAUUUGGAUUAGACACCUCAACAACAAAAAACUACUGGAUAGGAGGAGCAAUAGUGCUGGUCAUCGUUCUCACCAUCAUCUUGAAGAAAUGGGCAGUUUACGUAGACUCCCAAGCGCAAGCAAGAUCUUUGGCUAAAGCACAAGGCGACCAUGAUCAGAAGAACAUAGGGUUAUCUUCACUAUCUACUAGCAAGAGUAUUAGGACUUACGCACUUGACGAAAUCAAGGUGGUGACCAGGGAUUUCCGAAUACGGAUAGGUGUUGGAGCCACAUCCUAUGUUUAUCUUGCCGAGCUUGGCGAUGGGCGGUUUGGUGCAGUCAAGAGGGUGAUGGAGGACAGGGGAGGUAGCCAGAAGAUGUUUCUUGAUGAAGUCUCCAUCUUGCUUAGGAUUUCUCACCCUAAUUUGGUUGGAUUAUUGGGGUUUUGCUUAGACAAAGGUGAGCAGCUUCUUCUACUAGAAUAUAUACCAAACAAGAGCCUCUUUGAUCGGUUACACACUCGCAAAGGCAAAUCUUCAGGAUCUCUAUCAUGGUCAAGUCGUUUAAGCAUUGCGCUAGACAUCGCCUACGCCCUAGACUACCUGCACUCGGUCGCAGACCCUCCGGUCAUCCAUAGAGAUGUCAAAUCAUCCAACAUCCUCCUCAUAAAUGAUGAUCAUGCUAAACUUGCAGACUUUGGCCUAUGUAAAUUAGGGCAUGAUACUCAAAGUGCUCAAACCCCGACAAUUAUACGGGGUUCUUUAGGCUAUGUUGAUACCAAUUACCUCAACACAGGUCUAGUAUCACCUAAAAGUGAUGUGUAUAGCUUUGGUGUCAUGUUGCUUGAGCUUAUAACUGGGAUGAAGUCAUUACAAGGCUCGGUACCACUAGCCGAAUGGACAAACGAGUGUAGAAAACAUCAGGAUGUGGAUGUUUUGAUGGGUAUGUUGGAUCCAAAACUAAAUGGUCAAGUGAAUGUGGAGCAGCUUAGGGUUCUGGUCUCCGUGGCCAACAUGGCUUUGCUAGAGAAUUCGUUGGCAAGACCGAAUAUGGCAGAAAUUGCGUAUAGGAUAUCGAGUUGUGUGGAGUAUUUACCUGAAACCGAUUUGCCUGUAUGA